AUGAUGUAAGAAAAGAAGAUUUCAUCUACAAUGAUUUCGCAAAAUAUGCGAUAAUUAUGCGUUUUAAGUUUGUAAGAACGUUAUUAGUGCUCGCACUACUAGGUAAUAUUAUUGUAUGGCAUAGAAUAUGGAGGUUAUUCUCGGCGCAAAACACUUUGCGGUUGUUGACACCAAGUAUCGUCACGCCUGAUCCACCGCAAAAGUUUCAUCGGCGAUUAUCUCGAUUAGUAACUGUUGUUAUACGGCAAUUUGAAACCUUUGAAAAUGAUGUGACUUCCACUGUAGAGUCUGUGUUAACCUUUUUCCCUACUAUACCGAUUUUAAUAGUAAGCAAUGAAUUACCAUAUCCCCCGCUGGAAUUGGACUUUGCAAAUGAGAGCAUGCGAAACGUUAAACUAAUAAAUUUGCAAACGGAAUUCAAUAAAUCUUACGAUGAACGAAAUCCACUAUUUUAUAUACGUACAAAGUACGUUUUAUUUUUACCUGAUGGUAGUAGACUUUCUACCAAGCAAAUCAUGCAAGAGACUGUAUCUCAAGCUACAAAAUUAGGUGUAGUAAGUGUACCAGUAGGAAGUGUAACUUUAAAUUGUGUCAAUAUAGAUUUAAAAAUAAAAGAAUGGAGUCUCAAGUUUUCAUAUACAACAGGCAAUGAAUGUGAUGGAAUAAAUGGAAGGCAUGCUACAAUGCUUGAGACAAAAUUAUUAAAAAAAUUAACUGAUCCAUUCUUGUUACCUUUCACGGAUGCAUUAUACAUUCAAACAACUGCAUUGGGUGCAAAGAUUCAUAUGUUGUCGAAUUGUCGUUUCAAUGAAGGAAAAUCAUUAUAUAAAACUCAGCAAUCCCUAUGGAAAGUUCAACAGUUAUAUCAAAGUCGCGAACGGUCUAUGUUUGAAAAAUUGGGAAUUAAAAAAGUUAUAAGAGCUUCCAAUUCUAUAGAGUGGUAUGGCUGUUCUAGAGAAAGUAAUAGGUGUUUUGGAUCAGUGGUAAAUGGUAUUCCAUCUUAUCUUUAUCAAAAUCGAUACACUCCACCUUGCUGCCUCUCAGGAUUGAGAAAAGUUGCUCAUCAUGUUUUUGAUAAAUUAGAAGAAGUUGGUAUCAGGUUUUGGUUAGAAAGUGGCUCUUUACUUGGUGCUAUGAGAAAUGGUGAUAUUUUACCAUGGGAUCAUGAAGUACAAAUAGGAGUAAAUCGUGAUGAUCUUGAGAGAUCACCAUGGUUAAUUAAAGCCAUGAAUAAACCUAUUACUGACAAUCAUGGUUUUUUCUGGGAAAAGGCAACAGAAGGGGAAUUUUUUAAAGUACAGUAUUCAAAGAUAAACCAUUUAACCGUAAACAUACUUCCAUUUUAUGCAAGGAAUGGCUCUAUGGUUAAAGAUGCAUGGUUUUUAAAUAAUAAAGAUUUUCCAGAGCAAUUUCUUCAUCCAAUGUCAAGUAUUGAAUUUGCUGGCAGACAAGUACCAUGUCCAAACAAUAUUCGAGAUUUUUUAGAAUUAAAAUAUUUUAGGGGUGUAAUAGAAAAUCCAGAACUCCCUGAUGUGGAUGUCGUUCAUUAAAAUCCAAACACAUUACUGGAGAUUCUGUUGGACAGAUCCAUUCUGGAUAUGAUGGAUUUUUUAAACUAAAUAAACAUACUGUUCCAUUUGUUAUCAAACUACUAAACGACACUGAAAUGUUAUCAUUUUACCAACAAGUCCUCCUGCUAAUUGUAUUUUAGCUUCUUCAGAAUCUUUGUGCAAUAAUGAUCCAGGUAUACUUAGAACAGUUAUUAAAUGUGGCGGAGGAGAUGAAUUGGAAGAUCUAAUCUUUAGUUCACAAUAUAUUUUUAUUUUGUGAUGGAAGAUAGUGGAAUUGACAGUGAUCCAAAGACCAUUAGUCAUACAGAAGAUGAAAGACUUUUCGUGAGGCACGGAUUGAACAAGCUAAACGUAUUCAACGUAAUACAGAUUAUGUAAAAUUGCCAAAAUAUGAUAAGGGAUGUGGAGGUGGUAGUAGUGCUGCUGGUCUAAUUUCUAUUCAAAGACUUCCUGUACCAAACAAAAAUAAAGAACAUCUUCCUCUUGUUGAAUAUUGGCAUAGUGAUAGCGAAAGUGAUGGAGAGAUGACUCUUUUUCCAACAACUAAAUCAAAAGAUUCCUCAAAGCAUAAGCAAGAUCUAACUGAUACAUUUAGUAUUGAAGAAAUGAGUGAAGAAAGUGAGGAUUCUUUGAAUUUAGAACCUGCACAACCGUCUUCAGAGCUCAAAUUUAUUAAAUCUUAUAGAUGUACUGGUGAUUGCUUUCGUUGUCUGUGCCACAUAUUGUAAUUCAUUGUGAUGUACAUAUGCCUUGAAUAUGUUACAGAUUAAUUAUUUUUUAUGCAUUAUUAAAUAUUAAUUUAGUCUUUCAAAGUUUUAUGUAAUUAUGUAAUGAAAAUUUUUAUAUAUAUUAAAUUAUGGAAACUAAAUAUAUCAGAUAUUUACAACAUGUAA